CUCUCUCUCUCUCUCUCUCUGAGUGUGCUUGGUGGUGUUCCCGAGGUGACCCCAACGAGCAUAUAAACCCACCCCAAACUCUCAUAUCCAUCACCAAUGAUAAGUUGUGCUCCGCACAAAUCUGUCUUCACUUGACUCCUUUUCUUUCCCAAGGUGUGACUAGAGAUGAGCAGGCCGGGAGACUGGAACUGCAGGUCGUGCCAGCACCUCAACUUCCAGAGGCGAGAGUCGUGCCAGAGGUGCGGGGAGCCGAGGGCCAGCGAGAGGGGUGGCGAUUCCUAUGGGGGCUUCGGCGGGAGGAGCGGCUCGCCGUUCAGGUUCACGGGCCCGGACGUCCGGCCUGGGGACUGGUACUGCAGCGUCGACAACUGUGGGAAUCACAACUUCGCCAGCCGCUCGACCUGCUUCAGGUGCGGCGCGCCAAGAGACGAGUCGGAUGGCGGCGGCGGCGGCGGGGGCCAUCGUUAUGAGGGCGAAAUGUCUCGACCGCGAGGUUUUGGAGCCAGCGGCAGCAGCGGAGGUGGCAGCAGUCGCUCGGGGUGGAGAGCUGGUGACUGGAUUUGCACCAGGUCAGGAUGCAAUGAGCAUAACUUUGCUAGCAGAUCAAACUGCUUCAGGUGCAAUGCGCCAAGAGAUUAUUCAUCUGGUGGCCGGUCUGAUUAUUCUUCUUGAGAUGUUCCAUGAUCUGGAAGAGCCUGGAAGAGAAUCGAGCAAGAAAAUGCAGCCACUGUCUUUUGCAUCUCUUUUGCCAAGAAAACAUUUUCCAUUGGAGUUAUUUGGUGGGCUUGAAUGACAGAUCAAAAGAACAUAAAAGAGAGUCUUCUUCUUCUAAUUCUACUUCUUCAUUUUUCUCCUUUUUUUCUACUGUCCUGUGGUGUUUUUAUGGUCUAGUUUGUUCUAGCAUAGCAUCGUAGCUUGCGGGUUAGCAGUUCUAUAUCACCUGUUUGAGAGGGUUUUCUAUGUUUAUUGCAGUACUGUGUGAGAAUUUCAUUUAUUCCCCA